AUGGUCCAUCAUCUAGCCCUCAAGGAAGACGAUCUUCCUGUGAAGCAAAAGCUAAGAAAGACUCAUUCUGACAUGGCUAUGAAUAUAAAAGAGGAAAUACAAAAGCAUUUCAGCUCCUUGAAGGAUCUAUGGGGCCAACACUGUGAAACCGGAAGAAAGGAGAACACAAUAUACUACUUAAGCAAGAAGUUCACUAAUUGCGAGAGUAGGUAUUUGAUGCUUGAGAAGACCUAUUGUGCUCUUGCUUGGACUGCCAAACGCCUAAGACAAUAUAUGCUCACCCAUACGACGCUAUUAAUCUCCAAGAUGGAUCCCAUCAAGUACAUCUUUGAGAAGCCUUCUCUAACUGGUAGAGUGGCUCGUUCGAAAAUGGCUUUAAUUGAGUAUGACAUCCAACAUGUCACUCAAAAAGCUAUCAAAGGGAGUAUACUGCCAGACUAUCUUGCAUAUCAACCUUUAGAGGACUACCAGUAUAUGCACUUUGAGUUCCCUAAUGAGGAUGUUAUACUAAUAAGGGAUUGCAAUAUCCCUGUACCCGUGGAAGGACCAGAACCCGGAUCUCGGUGGACACUUGUGUUUGAUGGAGUUUCUAACGCUCAUGGUAAUGGCAUUGGGGAAGUCAUCACCUCCCCAACUAGAUUUCACUUGCCUUUCACUGCAAGGUUAUGCUUUAAAUGUACCAACAACAUGGAAGAGUACGAGGCUUGUAUCUUCGAUAUUGAAGUUGCGAUUGAUCUUAGAAUCAAAAUUCUUGAAGUCUACAAAGAUUCAACCUUGAUCAUUAGCCAAGUCAAAGGAUAUUGGGAAGCUCGAGAUCAUAAGCUAAUCCCUUACAAGGAGCACGUCCUGAAGCUGAUCCCAUACUUUGAUGAGAUUACAUUCCAUCACAUCCCUAGAGAAGAUAAUUAG